CGGAAGGGCAGUUGAAGGAUUUACUUGUGCGCUUGUCAAUAUGCCGUCCUUUUUUACAAUUCCGGCGUCCCAGCGCAAGCGCAAGCGGGAAGACCAAGCUGCAGCUCCAGCUUCGAAAAAGCGAGGACUUGCGGGAAAAGGCCGCGUGCCAUCCGCUGAAAGCAGACAAAAGAGACAGGAAAGAGAGGAGUCUAUAUCCGGGAGCGAAUCCGAUGACGAUGAAGGUAUAGAAUCCGGUGAAGAAUCAAUUGAUGAGGAAGAACUUUCAGGUUCCGAAGAGGAGGAAACUGCUGCGGAGCGGAGACUAAGGUUGGCGGAGAGAUAUCUGGAGAAUAUCAAAGAGGAGGUGGACGAGGCUGGGUUUGAUGCCGCGGAAAUCGACCGAGAUUUAAUUGCGGAGAGAUUAAAAGAGGAUGUUGACGAAUCCAAAGGACGGACUUACCGGCAAAUAGCAUCUCAGCUAUCGUUUUCGACAGCAUCACAUUCAUACUUCCGUGCAGAUACUCAGAGCACGACAUCAGUCGCUGUACACUCUCCAUAUGUCUACACUGUCUCAAAGGACAAAACGCUUAUUAAAUGGGAACUGAUUCCGCCCGUUGAUAUCCCUGAUACCGAUGUGACAACCACGAAGAGACCCGCGCGACCUUUGCGGAAGAAGCCCAAAAAGAUCCGGUCCAUAAAGGGUUUGCAGGCGGGAGGCAACGACGAAGAACCUCAAGGCCAUACAGGAAAUAUUCUCGCUGUUGCGGUCUCACCCUCUGGGAAGUUUGUUGCAACAGGAGGUGCGGAUAAGAAGUUGAUCAUAUGGGAUGCGGAUACCCUAACUCCUCUCAAAACCUUUACACAACAUCGAGACAGCGUAAGUGGGCUCUCGUUCACUCGACGCAUCUCAGCAGCCACUACUGGAGAGCAGCUGUUCUCCUCAUCGUUUGAUCGUACAUUAAAAACGUGGUCUUUAAGUCCCGGCUCCCAUGCUUAUGUUGAGACGCUCUUUGGCCAUCAAGACCAUGUCAUUUCGGUUGCCUCCAUGGUUACCGACCAGUGUGUUAGUGUCGGCGCCCGUGACCGUACCGCGCGGUUGUGGAAGGUCGUCGACGAGACCCAACUCGUUUUCCGAGGUGGCGGUUCCAAAGGCUCUGAAUAUGCAGAGAAUUCCAUUGAUUGUGUUGCAGUUAUUCCCCCGGCUCACUUUGUCACCGGCUCUGACGAUGGAUCUAUUUCCCUUUGGUCAAUGCACAAGAAAAAACCUUUAUUCACCAUACGCCAGGCUCACGGAUUAGACCCUAUACCUGGCCCCGAAGAGAUUUCUCCUGAUCAAGAUCCUGAUGCCGCGGCACGAAGUACUAAAUACAUGCGGCCGACUCCUCGUUGGAUUACAGCACUAGCAACACUGCCAGGCACGGAUAUUGUUCUGAGUGGAAGCUGGGAUGGCUGGAUCCGAGCAUGGCAGGUUUCUGAGGAUAAGAGAAAAAUAGUUCCCCUUGGUUGUGUAGGUGGACAAGGUUCGCCUGCUCACUUUCUCAAUGACCAACUUGAAUUCAACCCUGCCCGGCAAAUAAACGGUGCGGGAGUAAACGCCAACGCGUCAUCCAACGAACCACCUUUGAACGGGAUAGUAAACGACAUCGCCGUCUUUGAGCGCCGUCCUCAAGACUCGAAAACUUCUUCAGCAAUGAAGGUCACGUCAGCCAACAACGGCUCCAAGGCUUUCCCGAUGCAAGAAAGCACCAGACCUGGUCUGUGUAUAGUUGCGGCAUUGGGCAAAGAGCACCGCCUGGGCCGAUGGAAAGUGUUUGGUUCUAAUGAUAGAAAGAAGAUCGGGGCCUCAAAUUCCGGAGGGAGAAAUGGAGCAGUAGUUUUUGAGGUCCCUUUCUACCCCAACGCCAGCGUUAUUGAAAGCUGAGUGGAAAAAUAAAUAUACCACUUCGUGACAGGUUAAAAAUUAUGACUUGAGUUAAAAACUCAUAGAAUUCCCUAGAAGGAAUUUUUGUGUUGACCUUCUGGAUGACGGUGCUACGUGUCCGUGUAGAUAGCCACAAUGUGUUGUAUGUACGGUAUCAUUCUCGCCCUCUCUUAUGUAUGGUUCCAACGCGAUCCAAGUGCAGUCAA